ACAAUAUGACGGGAACUGUGCUAAAAAUAGUUAUUCUGCAUAUUUUCAUAGCAGUCGUUAAUUCUGCGCCAAUCAAGGAUGAAAGUUUAGCAGAAAUAAUCGAAAAUAAUUAUACAAUUGACGUAAAGGGUAACUACGUCUUCAGUUUUAAAACAACUAAUGAUCUUAUACGAUACGAGGAAGGUAUAGUAGUGAAUUCCGGUGAACCAAAUGAGCACAUAGAAGUCUACGGCUAUUAUUCAUACAUAAAUGACGCUGGUGAGCCUGUUAGAGUUGAUUACUCCGCAACUGAAGAAGGAUACAAAAUUGGAGAUGAGCAGAAAGAUAUGACUAUUUCUGCAUUACCUCAGAGUGUCGUCGCUUCACUUGUAGGAUAAAAUAGUCUGUGAAAUUAAUACAAUGUUUCUUUUAUUAAACUUACUAACGUUCACUGACCAGUUUUUUAAUGUUUAGAUCAAUAGCGUACAAUCUAUCAUAGCAAUUUAGUUUUUUCAGGAAAGUUAAAAAAAUUCAAUAAAAUUUAAAGGUAUCACGGGCGAUCUUAUUCUUUGAAGUGAAAUCUUCUAGAAAAUCAUUACAUAGUAAAGAAUCAGGAAAAGAAAAGUGUGAAUCCUGGCGUGCUUACCGUUUACUGCUUUUUAUUCAAAUAAAGAUUGGAUCUUCAAA